CGGUUCAGAUGGGAUGGCAGGGGAGGGGAGGAGCCUUGCCCGGAGGGGUUGGCCCUGGUGAGGGAGCCCGGGAAGGCAUGGGGCCCGCCAUGCGGAGGCCGCUGCCUCGCGUGCGCCCCCUGUCGGGGGACAUGUACCUGGCCUCCUGGGGUGGAUGCCAGCCCUUCGCCCCUGCAGACCGCCCCCUGGUUCCAGCCUACGCCCCCUGUCGCCCUGGGCGCCUCCAGCGUCACCUCCUAAGCGGCGAGUUCGACCAGCUGCGCGACUUCGCCAUCUUUGAGAGCAACUUCGUGCAGGUGACACGAUUUGGAGAAGUCGCCAACAAGGUCACCAUGGGGGUGGCAGCCUCUAGUCCAGCCCUGGAGCUGCCAGACCUGCUGCUGCUGGCUGGCCCCGACAAGGAGAAUGGACGCCUGCAACUCCUCGGGCUGUUCCCCUUGCAAUUCGUGCAGCUCUUCGUGCACAAUGAGAGCCGCCAGCAACUCAAGGUGAAGUUCCGCACGGGUCGUGCCUUCUACCUGCAGCUGCGCGCGCCCGCGGAGACCCGCGACCGCGAGUUCGGCCGCUGGGUGCGUCUGCUCUACCGCCUGCGCUUCCACUCGCUCGCCUGCGCAGUGCCCUUCACGCACGAGGACACCGCGCCUGAGGACGAAGACGAGGAGGAGGGCGAGGAGGGCGAGGAGGGACAGUUGCGGCCCCCCGAGGUGAGGGUGGGGCCGCGAGCCCGGGGAUGUUGGGCCAGGAAGGAUGGAAAGGGACCAGCAGGGCCGCAUGUAGCCCCAGCUGGUCUUGAACUCAGAUAUGUAGCCGAGAAUGUCCUUGAACUCCUGAUGCUCUUGCUUCCUUCUCCCAAGUGCUGGGAUGACAGUGAUGCAGCACCAUGCCCGGGUUUAGCGUGCCGGAGAAGGAACCACGGCUUUACACUAGAUGAGCACUCUACCCACAAGCCACAUCUCCAGACCCACACCGUUUUCCUUUCUCUUUCUGAGAAAGGUCUCAUGGCAUCCAACUUUCUACGAAGUCAAGGCUGGCCAGCCUUUUGAUGUUCCUGUCUCCAGCACCUAAGAACUGUAGUUGUAUUUGUCAUGCCUGGCCAUUUUAUUUUGCAUUUGUGCUCUAAAAUGUAUUCAUUGAUUUUA